UCAAAAAGUGCAGGAAGGAAAAAAAAGUACAAAAAAGUUGGUGCAAAAAAUAUACAAAUUCAAUUGAAUUUUUUAUUUUUUAAAUUAAUAUUUAAUAUUUUUAAAACUUUACACAAUUAUAUCAUCAUUUGUUACUACAAAAAAUCUAAAAACGGGUGUGUUAACAUAACAACUCCAUUUCCAACUUCCUACUAUGAUUGAAAUUUUGGAGUUUUAGUUCCUAUUUUCACUUAUUCAUAUUUUCGAGGAAAAUUUAUUUUGGAUAUUUAACAUUCGUUUUAAUACCUCCAAUGGCUGAUGAUGAUUCUGAUAACUGUCCCCACGAUUUUGACGAUAACUAUUCCGACUUAGAGCUAGGUCAUAUAAAUGUUAAUUCAAGUAUGAGUUCUCAUUUAAAUAUUGGACAACAUUCUUUUUCUCAAAUGCAGGGUGAUUUAGAUAGACAACGUCUUUUAGGAGAUCGCGGAAGAACCGAUGUAUAUAAAAGCGUUAUAGAAAAUGGAUUGGAAGGCAUUGAACAUCAAGAAAGGUAUGACAGGCUAUUACAUAGAGCUAAAACAGAAGAUUUAAGUGAAAUAUCCGGCAUUGGGUGCUUAUAUCAAAGUGGUGUUGAUAGACUUGGCAGGCCAGUGAUUGUUUUUUGCGGCAAAUGGUUUCCAGCUCAAAAUAUUGAUUUAGAUAAAGCUUUAUUAUAUCUAAUCAAUUUGUUGGAUCCAAUAGUGAAAGGUGAUUAUGUCAUUGCAUACUUCCACACUUUAACAUCUGCAAACAAUUAUCCUACAUUUAAAUGGCUGAAAGACGUUUACACUGUACUUCCAUAUAAAUACAAAAAAAAUCUUAAAGCUUUCUAUAUUGUUCAUCCUAACUUUUUAACAAAGAUGAUGACCUGGUGGUUCACAACAUUUAUGGCGCCUGCUAUAAAAGCUAAAGUACAUUCCCUUCCUGGAGUCGAGCACUUAUAUUCAGCAAUUUGCAAGGACCAACUCGAAAUUCCAGCAUAUAUAACCGAAUAUGAUAUGACGAUAAACGGACUGCAUUAUUUUCAGCCAAUAGCUCAGACACCGUCAUAAAACUAAUUUGCCGCUUAUGUCUCCUCUAACGUAUAUGUAUUUCGUAUUUAAGUUAAUUAUUUACGAUAUUUUUGUGAGAUGUUUGUUUUUCUUAGUUUUUAAAAAGCUAUAUUGCAUUAUAAGAAAACAUACAUUAAAACAGAACAUUAAAAAAAAAGAAGAAUUUAAAGUAUUUUCAUUACUAAGUCUAUUAAAUAAAAAUCUAAAUACUUACUAAAAAAAAACAAAAGAAUUAACAAACUAAGUUACAUAAACAAAAAAACCUAGGUGUAUAGAAAAUUAAUUCUUAUGAACAAGUUUAUUAAAUUUUUAAAUUACGUUUAUAAGGUUUGUUAUUGCGGUUGUAGAUUAUUGAUGUUGAAAAAAAAACUACAAAACACAAAAAAAAGUUAAAAAAAUAAAUAAAAAAUAAGUAAAAUAAUAAAAGAAAAGAUCAAAAAAGUUUUUAGACCGUAAAAUAAAAUUUAUCUAUUUGUUGAAAAUGCAAUCGCAUUUAACUAAUAAUAAUGAUAUAGAAAACUAAAAAUUAUUAUAUAUAUAAUUUAAUUGUAAAACG